CUGACGACUUAGGCAGAAUCAACACAUUCCCCCUAUUCACGCGACGUGCGAUGCGCAUUGUUAUCGGCUAUAUUUCUACUUCAGAUUGAAGAACCUUGACUUCUUGAUUGGAGCGCCCGGCCUCGCUAAAUGUCCAGAUGAUCCGGGCUACUAGGUUUACUACUGCAGCCAUCCAGGGGCUAGCCGUACUCACAGAUUCAGAAGCGGGGAGAUGGCAGAAAAGGGAUGAGGGAUAAGGGAUGUCAAAGAUGGCACAGAUGGCAAGUCAAAUAUGCCAGUCGACCAGAGUGGAGUACCUAGUAUUGAAAGGAAGCCUCGGGCGUCAACCGUUCCAUUGUAUCGAACCUAACGUGUGACUACUACUCACUAAGAUCUAGCAACCGGGAUUGCUGGCUAUUUUAUUUGUCCCAGGCCCUCUGGGUUUCCGCUCUUAUCCGUCUUUGGUCGCAUUCAUGGCAUAAACACUCUCCAUCGUUCUUUGAGCGUGGUGUCGACCUUUUCAACAAUAUUCUUUCUUCCUUCCCUCAUAAUAUGUGAGCAGUUUAAUGUGUCUGCAAGGGGGUUGGUAUCACGAAUGACGAACGACGAAUGAGGAUCUAAGUCUUCGCUUUAUGACAGACAAUUGUCGUGUCUUGUCGAUAUAAUGCCUCUGUCUCGGUCAUUAAUCCGGCCAGCACUGGUCGCUAAUCAUGCGUCUUCUCGUACGACAGAAGGUCUUGCUCGCCGCGCUGUGUCGCGUCUCUCAGACUGGAAUGCGCAGCUCAGUGGGUCCGUUACUGUUGUGUGCGGUCGGCGACAAUGGAAUAGCACACGCGCGAAGCAACCUAUCGUCAUUCCCGCUCUCCCGAACAAGAAGUUUGAGAGGGGAAAGGCAUUUUCAAGGCAAAUCAUCCCCGUAACAUCUUACUCGACCGUUACUGAGCCGCUGUCCAUACCUUACUCGGGUCUUACUGUAGGUGUGCCUCGCGAGACGUUUGCUAAUGAACGGCGAGUCGCAAUCUCUCCUCAAAAUGUGUCACUUCUUUUGAAGAAGGGGUUCCGUAAUGUUUUAGUAGAACGUGGUGCUGGUGCGCUGGCCGACUUUCCGGAUGAAGCUUAUGAGAAGGCCGGCGCCACCCUAGUCGACACGAAUGGAGUUUGGAAUCAAUCCGAUAUCAUGCUGAAGGUUCGCGCACCCAAUGUUAAGGAGAUCGAUAAUCUUAAGGAAGGGGCGACGAUAAUCUCAAUGCUUCAACCGGACCAAAACAAGGAUAUCGUCGAGCGUCUUGCCGCUCGUAAAGCGACCGCUUUUGCCAUGGACAAAAUUCCCCGAAUUUCCUCUGCUCAAUUCUUCGACGCUCUCAGCUCAAUGGCGAAUACCGCCGGUUAUAAAGCGGUUCUGGAAGCUUCAAAUGUCUUUGGUCGUUUCUUAACUGGUCAAGUCACAGCGGCGGGGAAAAUCCCGCCUUGCAAGGUUCUCGUCAUUGGCGCUGGUGUUGCCGGCUUGAGUGCGAUUGCUACGGCACGCAGGAUGGGCGCAAUCGUUCGUGGUUUUGACACACGUUCUGCCGCAAGAGAGCAAGUGCAGUCGCUCGGUGCCGAAUUCAUUGAGGUUGAGAUACAGGAAGACGGUUCCGGUGCUGGUGGCUAUGCCAAAGAAAUGUCCCCUGAAUUUAUCGCCGCUGAGAUGAAAUUAUUUACUGAGCAAGCUCGAGACGUUGAUAUCAUUAUCACAACAGCUCUUAUUCCCGGAAGACCCGCGCCGAAAUUAAUUACUAAGGCCAUGGUUGAAGUUAUGAAGCCCGGCUCUGUUGUGGUAGACUUGGCUGCAGAAGCAGGUGGCAAUUGCGAGGUGACUGAACCUGGUAAACUGGUGACACAUAAAGAUGUGAAAAUCAUUGGUUAUACCGACUUACCAUCUAGGCUGCCUACGCAAUCGUCAACGUUGUAUUCGAACAACAUUGCUAAGUUCCUUCUAUCGAUGGCACCUCAGGAGAAAUCAUUCGGAAUUGACUUGACCGAUGAAGUUGUUCGCGGUGCGAUUGUCACUCAUAAUGGAAAAAUCUUGCCGCCUGCGCCUCGCCCAGCUCCACCACCUGCCCCGGCACCCAAAGCGAUUACUAAGCCAGAGGAAGAAGUGGUUCUGUUAACCCCUUUCCAAAAGACUUCUCGAGAAGUGGCUGCCGUAACUGCUGGUAUGGGUAGCGCUCUAGCUCUUGGCAAGUUUACUGGGCCGCUCUUCAUGGGCAACGCCUUCACUUUCGCACUGGCUUCUCUAAUCGGAUAUCGCGUCGUGUGGGGAGUGACUCCGGCUUUACAUUCACCCUUAAUGAGUGUCACCAAUGCUAUAUCUGGAAUGGUCGGUGUUGGCGGCCUUUUCAUUUUGGGUGGCGGAUAUGUCCCAGAAACGAUCCCACAAGGCCUUGGUGCUGCAUCUGUUCUUCUGGCUUUCGUUAAUGUAUCUGGUGGCUUCGUAAUCACGAAGAGAAUGCUUGACAUGUUUAAGCGACCUACCGAUCCACCGGAAUAUCCAUGGCUAUAUGCUGUUCCUGGAGUGCUAUUCGCGGGCGGGUAUCUCGCAGCGGCCUCAACUGGUGCAGCGGGACUUGUCCAAGCAGGGUACAUGGUCAGCUCAAUUCUUUGUAUAAGCUCAUUAUCAGGUUUAGCCUCUCAGGCUACAGCGAGAAUGGGCAAUCUACUUGGAAUCCUCGGUGUCGGCACAGGUGUCCUCGCAUCUCUAUUAGCUGUCGGGUUCAGCCCUGAAGUGCUGGCCCAAUUUGGCUGGCUCGCUACCGUCGGGAGCAUUCUCGGCUUCGUUAUUGGUAAACGCAUCACGCCUACGGAUCUUCCUCAAACUGUCGCAGCACUCCAUUCUGUUGUUGGUCUGGCCGCAGUUUUGACUAGUAUCGGAAGUGUUAUGGGUGGCCUUGACCACAUCUCGACUUUACAUCUCGUCACGGCUUACCUUGGCGUGUUCAUCGGCGGCAUCACGUUCACUGGAUCUAUCGUCGCAUUCAUGAAAUUAGCUGGAAAGAUGUCUUCGAAACCACUCAUUCUGAAGGGCCGUCAUCUUAUUAACUCUAGUAUGCUUGCCGCCAAUAUUGGAACGAUGGGCGCCUUUGUUACGUUGGCGCCUGGGUCACCUAUGAUUGCCGCUAUGGCACUAAGCGCAAGCACAAUACUCUCAUUUGCGAAAGGGUUUACGACGACAUCGGCGAUUGGUGGGGCAGAUAUGCCAGUCGUCAUCACGGUUCUUAACGCUUACAGUGGCUUCGCCUUGGUAGCCGAGGGGUUCAUGCUUGAGAACCCACUUCUAACCACUGUUGGCGCACUUAUUGGAGUAUCCGGUUCAAUUCUCUCAUACAUCAUGUGUGUCGCAAUGAAUAGAUCCCUCACGAACGUACUCUUCGGUGGUAUAUCUGCACCUGCGACUACGGAAUACAAGGUCGAAGGGUCUGUAACCCAGACAAACGUCGAGGACACUGCCGAUGCGCUUAUCAAUGCGGAGAACGUGAUUAUCGUCGUGGGCUAUGGUAUGGCGGUUGCGAAGGCGCAGUAUGCCAUCAGUGAGAUAACGAAAAUGCUGCGCUCAAAGGGGAUUAACGUUCGCUUUGCCAUCCAUCCCGUCGCAGGCCGAAUGCCGGGUCAGUGCAAUGUCUUGCUUGCGGAAGCAAGUGUUCCUUACGAUAUCGUACUCGAAAUGGACGAAAUCAACGACGAUUUUAGCGACACGGAUAUGUGUUUGAUUAUUGGCGCCAAUGAUACGGUAAAUCCGAUUGCCCUGGAACCAGGUAGUCCAAUUGCCGGAAUGCCUGUUCUCCAUGCAUGGAAGAGUAAACAGGUGGUGGUCAUGAAGCGUGGAAUGGCCAGUGGUUACGCUGAUGUUCCCAAUCCUAUGUUCUACAUGCCCGGAACGAAGAUGCUGUUUGGCGAUGCUAAAACUUCUUGCGAUGCCAUCAAAGCAGCUGUCGAAGCCCGAACCUAGAAUAGAAGCACCUUGUUUAUCUGGAGCAUUUAUUUUAGAUAUAAGCAUCCUGCUUGCAUUUAGAUUCUACAUACCUAGAGUCAUGGAUAUCAUGUUUCUCAUUUCUUCGCACUUUCAGGAGCAAUGUCUAAGAACAAGACAUAGAAUUUCGAGACACGCAUGUUAUAUAAACAACUCUUUAGCAACUAAGCCAAGUUUUUCGCUAUAUUUCACUCCGAGAGAUUUUUAAGCUCUUCCUCUUUUAUAUUAACCAUAUUUCUAGCACUUUCUUACUACUACAUCUCUUAAUACUACCAAGUAGGGAGAUGGGUACUCGAGGCCAGGCCACCCUUAGUGGAUCUCUCCUCGACCAGGUCCAGCGAACCAGCUUCUGUCAGGUUUCGCUAAUUUCAUCUAUUAUUAGGUAGUCUUACUAGUUCCAGAUAUCCUCUUUACCCGUACUAAAUCUAACUAAC